UCAGUAGUAUUAAAGUCGCUGCCAGCGAGUACGUUGCCAAUGAACUAAAGCCGGCGGAAAGACAACAAAACGCAAACUCUGGUCUGGUCGAAGAACGUGAUAGCCAAAGGUUGCCACCGCCAACAAUGACGGUUGUAUUAUUGCGACACGGUGUCGUGCGAUGAAAAAAACAACGGCCACUAAAAUGUUGUGCGAGCAUUAAAUAUUCCCUCACAUGGCUGGCUGAGAGAUGUGAGUGUGAAAGUGGAUGUGAGUGUGACCAAAAAAUAAAGAAACGUAAAGCAAAAAUAACACAUGAUUACUACAGUUGUAGGAUAAUGUGAGUGAGUGAGUGUGUAAAAAACAAAUGUCACCAAGAAAAUGUGUGCUCUCCCCCAAACAAAACAAAGCCAGUGAAACAUCAAAGAUAAAGUUUGAAACCAAAUCGAAACAAAAAAAUAUUCCUCCUAACAAAUUUCUCGGAAAUUCCCUUCACCGAUAUCUGUUUUGAGAUUAUUCAUGUGGAAAAUCUCAAUGAUGCGGGACAUGCCAUAAGCUAUCAAUGGUCCAAGCCAAACUAUUUCGAAAUACUACAACGGAAAAAUGAAAAUAACAUUGUGGUCCCAACAAUAUCAAGAUAGUGUAAAAUUACCGUUAUUUGAUUUAAAAUAACAGAGCAGCAGCAGCAGAAUUCUAGUGGAUAAUUCAGAAGAAGCCAAUAAUACAAAGUUUACAUUUGUUGUUCUUAUCUGUUGUACGCGCGUGUGUGUGUUUGUUUGUUGUUAUUGUUGGCGUGUUAACCAACAAGACAUUGUAACACAAACAAAUGUCUUGGCUGCUGUAGGACACAUCAAGGUGUCUGUAUGAGUCCGUGCUUGUGUGUGUGUGUGUGAAUCCUUUAUCUGUCCCAGAACAUAUGGAUAUAUAUUAAAGUAAUACGGCUCAAUAGGAAAUCUCUCGAGUUACAGCUACUAAAUAUGUUGCUACCAUUGAUAUAUCGACUACAUGGAUGGAACUCACAGUCAUGUCUUGACUUGAUGCAGAAGGAUUUGUUCCAUAUUGGCAAAAAGCCAACAAAAUAAACAACGCAUAUAACUAACUAACCGACAUUGUCUUUGUUUUUUCGACGAUAAUACCAGCAAUCUCCAUCUUCUUCCCUUUAACACAAAGUUCGAAAAAAAGACGCAAAUACAGAGGAGAACAAAAAGGAGAAGUCGUGGCACCAACUAAACUCUGAACAAAUAUGUUUGUGUUCUAUGACUUUAUAAAAAAAGAAAUGCCACACAACAACAUUUUGCUUUAUUAAACAGCAGAUAACAACAACAACAACGCCGACGACGACGACGACUGGCUUUAUUCGCCAUCCAAACUUUAUUUGUUUGUUGUGGUUGUUUUUGUUGCCGAUUGCAAUCUAUUUUCUGAAGUGGAUUCACUCUCGACCUGAUGUACGACAAUUUGCUGUCGACACUUUGUCAUCGAUGAUUGAAACUAUGAAAGCUGCAAACAGUCGAAUAAUCAAUUUCGGCGGGAUCUGUUUGCUGCUGCUGUCUAUUAUGAGUGAGCAAUGUAAUGCCGAUGUCACCGUUUCAUUUAAUGCAAUACAAAUGUACGAUGAAACCACAUACAGAACAACGCUGCCAACAUACACGCCCCCACCCUGGAUAGAGCCAUAUGUCGAUCCGACAACACCACGCAAUGUGACAGCAUUAAUGGGAAAGACUGCAUAUUUGAAUUGUCGUGUAAUUAAUUUGGGAAAUAAAACAGUUUCAUGGAUACGACAUCGUGAUUCGCAUAUCCUUACCGUGGGCACAUACACCUAUACAUCGGAUUUGCGUUUCCAAGCUUUACAUUUUAGCGACAUUGGCGAUUGGACGCUACAAAUCAAAUGGGUACAAAAACGUGAUGCCGGCACAUAUGAAUGCCAGAUAUCUACACAGCCAGCCAGGAGUUAUUUUAUACACUUGAAUAUUGUGGUGCCAACGGCCAGCAUCUAUGGCGGUCCUGACCUUUAUGUCGACAAAGGUAGCACCAUAAAUCUUACAUGCACCGUGAAAUUUUGCCUUGAGCCACCUGCCUACGUAUUUUGGUAUCAUCACGAAGAGCUCAUUAAUUAUGACUCGACCAGAGGUGGUGUUUCGGUGGUUACCGAGAAAGGCGAUAUAACAACAUCGUAUUUGCUUUUGCAAAAUGCCGAUUUGGCCGAUUCCGGAAAGUAUUCAUGUGCUCCGUCAAAUGCAGAAAUGACUAGCAUACGUGUGCAUGUACUCAGUGGUGAGCAUCCCGAAGCAAUGCAAACAGGGUCAUCUGGCAAUCAACAUUCGUGGCUAACUAUAAUUAUUUUAAUAACUCACAUUUUGUUUUGCAAACAGCAUUCAAUGAGUUGCAUUAAAACCGCUAAACAGCGCAACGAUGCCCACGCCACCAUGACAAAACAACAAAUUUACCAACGAUCUACGACAACUACAACAGCAACCACAGCAACAGAGCUAACGGAGGGCUUUAAGACCGCAGAAUUACUAAAUUACCCGCAAUGUUGUUGUGCAUUACACCGUGAAAGGAUUUUAUGCUGACGGCAUUGCCAGAGGUGCGACCCCCCACAGGGAAACCUUACUUUAGAUUUGUUAUUUUUUUAUUAUUAAAGGAAAAUAGGUGUUAAGUGGUUUUUAAUUUUUCAUCGAAAUAAUUUGUUUGUGAUAAUCUGGUAUGAAUGGAAAAAAAUCCUUGUAUUUAAGCUACCAUAUAAGCUCUCACACAUACAUGCAUAUCCACAAUAAAUGUAUGUAUGUACGGAAAAUCGUAAAUAUAAAACCGGCAAAUAACGCCAUAAAUAAUAUCUUUGUAUGUAUUGAAUGUAUAACUUUUUAUUCGAACGAAAUAAUUGAAGGUUGAUGUUGUGUCGUCUAACAAUCAAAUGACAAUGUCACGUAACUUUGUAUUGUAAAUAUGUAGUAUGGAAGUAACAUCGUCUUUUUUCACAAAUUAUAUCCGUAAUAUUAUGUAUGUAUUUUAUAAGUAUGUAAAUAUGUUGCGUGUUGCGAAAAUAAAGCAAAGAAACAAGUUUCGAAAUUAAUUA